GGGACCUUGACACGAUUGUCACACCCCGAAUUUCGUUUAUCAUCUUGAACAUUACAAUUUAAACCAUAUAUUGUGUGUUAUUUUGGUUGAUUAUUGAUAGCUUUCAGUACAUUUUAUCAUAAAUUGAAUGUUAAUUUUAACUUUCAAGUGUUUGUUUAGUGUGUGUUCAUUGGCUAUCUGAGGUGUUUGCACGUGGAUUUGAACGUAAGAUCUGCAUAGAAGCGGGCAAUAUCCUGUGUUGAAGGAAAUGCGCUGACUCGCCAGUAUGGCGGUCGGAGUCCUACUAUUGGCGCUGCAACUGGCUGUUGUCAGCGCCGGGAAAUGUACCACGGGCUUCUCAGUCGUCGCACCAGAAGUAGCAGUGCCAGGGAAAACAACAGCCAUCCUCGUCACUCUUCAUGGAAGAGCUGGAGACGAGACCUUGGAUCCUCUAAAUGUCACUGUUAGGCUUGAAACUCAAGAUGCCAAUAAUGAAGUGAAGCAACUGAUUGCUGCCAGUCAGAUGAUUAUGGGUUACGGCAUCAUUCCACUGAAGAUUCCAUCAUCACCAGCUACCCAUUGUACGCUGCAUACCACUGUGGGUUGUGUUGGGAAUGACGAAUGUACUGCGAAGAGCCACAGUGUGAUACGUCUGCUGGGCCCAGUGAGGGAUGUGAUCGUGCGCCCAGCUCGACACCAUUAUCGACCUGGAGAGACUAUUACUUUUUGGAUUUUGGCUCUGGAUCACGAUUUGCGACUUGUCCGAGGAGAACUCGCAUACGUUGCGUUGAGCGACCCUGCUGGUACCAAGGUCGCUAUAUGGGAGCAACUCUCUAUGGACGAAGGAGUGCGUAAGCUCAGUGCGAUACUGGCGACGGGAGCUCGAUCAGGAACUUGGCGAAUUGAAGCGCGUUGCGGCGGAGGAUCUGCUCGAGUGGACAUCACUGUUGGCAACGGAGUGGGCAACACAGCCGCUGCAGCUCCGGCAGCUGAACAGCACUACGUGGAACUGAGAUUCGCUGACAGCAUGAGACGACGAUACAAGCCUGGACUUCCUUUUGUUGGAAGGGUCGAGGCAAUGAGUACGGAGAAACGAGUGCGAGUCCGUGUGAAGCUAUACGACGACAAAACCGAUAUCUAUAGUCAGGACAUCGACAUGUCGACAGGCGAAGGAGGAUUCAUAGUCCCAACCGUCAUGGCUGACGCGCCGUACGUCAAUUUGCAGGCGGAGUUAGUGGCUGUUGAAGGAAAGGAGAUUGAAACCCAUUACGUGUUGGCUCGAGAAAGGAUUCGUCGAUGGAAUUCCACAUCGAAAUGCUACCUUCUCGUCGAAAACUUACCUACACCUUUGCAGGCGGGCGGCAUAGCGAGUGCAAGCGUGUGGUCGUCAUGCGGUUGCCGUCAGCGGUUGCUGGCUGCCGUCACGAGCGGUGGACGGGCCGUACACUGGGCCGCCGUACCCGCUCCACCGGCAAACGACUCGGAUCUCUGCCGGUUUAAUUACACAUUCCCGGUGACGGCAGACAUGGCACCAGUCAGUUCACUCCUCGUCUAUUACGUCACAGAAGCUGGAGAGCCUGUCAGCGACGUUGCCAGUUUUCAUGUACGACUCCUGCAUAAAGAGGUGGCAGUAGCAAUAGAAGAACGACGUUGGUGGUAUCCCAGAGCAGCAUUGCAGCUUCGAGUCCUUGCUCCACCAGACUCGACUAUGUGUCUAAUUGGAGCACGAGCACCGCCAGACGCAAGAUUUGAUCCUCAUCAGGCGACACCAGAACACGAAGAAGCACCGGGCCCCGAGUUUGUAUCCGCGGGCGUUUCACUGUUUGUCGGCGGCGGUGCUUGCGGUGGUGGGGUGUUGUAUCGCCAACGAACCGCGCCAGCUCCUCACGCGCCUGCACACCUGGUACCUCCGGCGUCACAUGACCGACUGUGGAUGUGGAAGUGUUUCAAUUAUACGAACCAGCUCUCCACAGACGGUGUCACCAUCUCAGCGCCCUCCGAAGCCGGUCGUUGGUCUCUCUGGGCCCUCUCCCUCUCAAACCAUGGCCUUCGAUUCUCUGCACCUCGGACAAUCAACGUCUUCCGCCCUAUCCAGCUGGACUUCUCCCUACCACCAGCUCUGAAAGUCGGAGAGACUGUGGAAGUCGAUGUCAAGAUAACUAACAACAUCAAUAACUGUAUGGAUGUUACUGCACUCUUGGCACUUAGCGCUGGUGCGGCAUUUGCAAGCACAGGAGCGUUGUAUGUCACGGAGCGACUCCGGCUUGGACCGCGAGGAGGAACGCAACUGGUGGUCAGGGUGGCAGUCAAUACUCCUGGACGAAAGAAUAUUACAGUGGAAGUAACAGGCUACAGUGCCGACAAUUGCUCCGUGUCCUACACAUCAUUCAACAACGAGACCCUCGUCGGCUCCGUCAUCAGGUCAGCCAGCGUGCUGGUACUGCCUGAAGGUCUACAUCGGACUGAUACCCAGAGCGCUUACUUCUGUGCUAAUGAACACCUAGCAGUGUCUUCUCGAGGAUCCUGGGAGUGGCAAUGGGUGGCUGCUCCUCGAAAUCGUGCAGGGUUAGUGCUGGAACUGCGAGCUCAAGGUGCAGCUCACGUGGCAUUGUCAUCGAUACGUGAACCUUCAGACGAUAUGUAUAGAGUUGUGUUUGAAAGAACCAGAGUCUGGAUUGCUAAAGGAAAACAUGGGUACGACGUCCACCUGGCUAGUGCAGAACAAACGGAAAGUGACGAGGACUGUUCUGGAGCUGACUCCUGGUGUGCUUGGUGGGUGUGGUGGGAGGGGGGCAGGUUGUCUGUUGGCAGAGGAGCCGCACCUUCUGAAAGAAGACUCCUCGUCUGGCCUCUAGCUCCUGAUAUGAGGAUCAAGUUUGUUGGCUUCAGUGCACUCUGGGGCGAUAAGGCAGAUUUUAGAAUCUGGAACUUUAAUGAAGAAGCAGGUUUCUCUCAAGUCCUAGAACUCGGUUUGCCACGUGGUGUAGUCCCAGGAUCUGCAAGUGGAACUCUUUUAGUAUCUGGUGGUCUACAUCUUCCCCUGUAUAGUCUUCAAACGGAUUCUACUGACCAGUGGGCUGAAGUGUGGAGAGACUCGCAACUAUCAGCAGCUUCCGCUAGUUUGGCUCCUUUAUUGGCUUUGGAACAUAUACCACAUUUGGUUGAUGAUGCUGAGAGGGAACGCAUCUUACGAAAACUGCCUGAGCAGGUCCAAGUUUUACUAUCAUUCCGAAAAAGCGACAACUCCUUUAGUGAUCAUCCAGGAAUGAGCAGUCACUUAUCAACAAUCAAAAUACUGGAAAUACUAACGAAAAUCCAAUCUUACUACCCGAUCGACCCAGAACUGCUACAAAACAUAAAGAAAUGGAUACAGAAGCGACAGAAUGCGGAUGGAUCCUUUACACCUCUGGCUGCUGAUAAAGAAGUAGAUUACUAUCCAGUAGACCUCACGAAAUCUAAUGGUACAGCGAAAGAAGUAGACGUCAAUGAAUAUUACUAUUAUGAUAAGGAUGGGAAUAUGACUCAGGAAGAGAUUGAUUGGGAGAGGAGAGUUGAAGUCACUGCUGAGACUUUGGUUGCUUUGCUUGAAGUCGGAGUUGAAAAUAAGGUUGAUGCUGAUGUGGCGAAGAAAGCUCAAAAUUACUUGGAACACAACUUACACAAUUUGACUUCUCCAGCUGCUCUGGCUGCUACCGUUUUAGCUUUGGUUCUAGCUAGGAGUCCAAUAGUACCAGAAGCUUUAAUAAUUCUAAGGAAUGCGUCAACAACAGAAGAAGGCGAGUUUGGAUGGCCAGCACCCAGAAAAGAUGCUGCUGACUGGCUUCUUGAAGAAACUUCUAGGAAUAUUAAAACUACUUCUUAUGAAGCAGUAACGAUGGAGCAGUACGUGGCCGGCGUGCGAGUGUUGCUGGCGGCGUGCGCCCGCGGCGCGCUGGCGGCGGGCGAGGCGGCCGCGCGGUUCCUGUACUACCGCGCCUCCACGCUGCAGAGACACCCGAGCCUGGCCUACAGCGCCACUAAAGCUGCUGCCCAGUAUGCCGCAUUAGCUCAUGACAGACAUCGAGCCCUCACAGUAUCGCUAGCAACAGCUGGUAUGGAACUGACAGACACCUUGGAACUGCGCGCUCGUACUCCACCUCGACCCCUGCAACUGCCGGGCUUGCCGACAAAGGUGUUUGUGUACGCCACUGGUGCUGGCUGUGCUACUGUCCAGGGAACAAUAACCUAUUCAACAUAUACACCGAAACCUGAGAACGCAUUGCUGAACAUUCAAGCCGCCAUCAUUGAAGAAAUCCGCCCCGAAAGAAGCAGCAUCGAAGACUUGCAAGGAAACCUACCCACACUGAUCAUAAAGACUUGUUUCAAAUGGAAGGGCAAAGAGCGUUCCGGAAUUCUUCGCUUAGAAUCAUCUCUGUUUUCGGGCUACGAACUACAUUCAGUAAACCCUGUGGUAUUAGAUGGUGCCACCUUCGCUGAUUUGCAUUACGGGUCCAGAGGAGAAUCCGUAUGGUUCGUCUUCGCUAACAUAAGCUCCACGUGUCCCGUCUGCGUCACAUAUGAAGUACGUUCGAAGUUCGUUAUCACAAGCUUAAGACCAGCCUUCGCCAAGAUCUAUCCUUCGACGCGGCCAGACCUAGCCGUGGAAACAUUCUUCCACGCCCGACCUGGAAGUCCACUACUACGAGGCAUCACUGACGAUGAUUUUAUAACAUGGUUUGACAAAACCGAACUCGCUAGUCUUAAAACUAGUACAAGUAUUGAUAAUAUUUGUGAAUGCGGACGUAUUUGUAGUAGGGAUUACGAAUUUAGGAAGAACUAUGAGGAGCAUACUGAAGGUACUACAGAAAACGUAGAUACAACUACCGAAGAAAGCAGUACAAUAAGUACUACAGAGCUUUCAACUACUGAAGAAAUUACAAGUACUGAAGCCAGUACUCCAUCAAGUACUACAGAAAUUGUUACCACACAAGAUACUACUACUACUACUGAUAAAACGACAACUGAUAAUAUUUCUUCAAUCAAAAUUGAAAGUUUAGAUGACCCUAUAAUAAUCCCAACUGUAACUUACGUAAAUACAACUGAGAAGCAGGACGUCAAUAAUGACUUAGCUUCUCUAUUGCCAAAGAUAACUGGAGAACUCAUUGUGCCAAAAUCAGUUUUGCCAAGGAAAGAUGAUUAUAAGAAGAAGCCACUACCUAGAAGAAAGGGUACAUUAAAAGCAACAUAUGGAGAUAAACAUGAGAAAUUCUUCUUGAAAUUAAGGGAAAUGGGAAAUUCAGUAUCGACUACUAUAUCUACUCCUAUGACUUCUACCGUUACAUCUCCCGGACCUAUAACUACGACAAUUGAAAUGACAUCUACUGAAAAACCUCAACAAACAUUAAAUAAUGAGAAUCACACUACAUCUGUUCCAGUUUCUGUAGAAACUGAAAAGUCACUACAUAAGAUUGUUCUCAAGAAAACAGAUGUUUUAAAGCCCCUUAUACCAGUGAACGUAGUGGCUAACAAAACUGAACUUAAAACAGAAAUUCUUAAAAUCAUUCCAGAGGACAUUAUGACUAAAGUUAACAAGACGGUUACGGUUGAAAUUAAAACUACGGAACUUCCAAUUACACAUAAUGAUAUCACAACUAUGAAGCCGAUCAAACCAGUUAUCCCUCACACAAUAACAGCUAUCACUAACAAUAAUAUCAAAUCAAUACACUACAGGACAAAGAAACCUAAAGCUAUAACGCAAAUCAAGAAACCGAUAAUUAACCACGUUCACAAUACUACAAAACAAAACAAAAGCGAAGAUAUUGACUCAGACAUAAUAAACAAAACGAAAAAGAAACCAAUUGUUCCACAAAAGUACAAUGCAAAAACAAUGAAAUCUAUAAACAAAGAGAUACACAAAAUCCCGCCAACUCCAAUUUCCGAAACUUCAAAGACGUUGUCAGAAACUCUCAAAUACGAUAUCGCUCCGGAAAAUAAGGGUGGCUUCGAAAUAUUAGACAAGAAUAAUUUAUGGGAGCUACUAAAGGAAGGGUCUGAUAAUGAUCCUUCGAAACUAGAGGAAAAACUACACGUUCAUAAUAGAUUAAAUAUAUUAGGACAUAACGUGUCUAAUGUAGAUGAUAACCGAUCAUUAUAAACUAUAUUGUUAUGUAAUAUAUAAGAUACAAAGACUUCAGUAUAAAUAUUUUUGUAACACAGUAUGCCACUUGAAACCUGUAAUUUACCUUGGAUAGAAAGUUGUGGAAAGUGCAUGAUUUUGCUCGAUUUGCAUAGUAAAGUCUCUUUUGAUGACACAUAACAAAAUAUUUAUUGUCUUUUCAGUCCUCUUGUGACUUAUUAACGUCAUUACUACCGACUCCCAAUUGUUUUGUAUCCAUUUACAAAGUCAUGCUCUCUCCAGCAAAUCCAUCUUCAUCUACAAUCAAAUUGUUGAUAAAUCAAAAACACGAUUCCUAUGCACUUUUUAUUGUUGAUUGUUAGAAUGUAUUGCACUUAUCUGAAUGAUUUGUGUGAACGAUUGUGUGCUGUAAAUAUUACGUGUAAGCUAAAUUAUUGACUAAGUAAAGCGCUGUGACCUAUGACUUCUAUUGUAUGACGUCUUUGCUCAAAAGCAAAGUUUUUUGUUCUUACCUUAGUAAUAUAACCGAAGUAUUAACCGGUUUAGUAGUCUCCAAUGGAAUGUAAACAGUAGUUUAGGAUUAAUAAUUGUGAGUCAAUCUUUAUUAGUUGGAAUUCCGCUUCAAGUUAGAUGCUACUAUAACUUUAGGAGAGCUAGAUAACGCUGUUUAGAAAUAUAUUUUGGGCUACCUAAAGUAUUUGACUGAAUUCACUAUUUCCAACCACAGGUUGCCUUUCAACAAUCAAGAUAUAGAAACUGCCAAAAUUCUGAAUAGCGACUUUAUAGUAUCUACCAUAACAACCUUUCUCCGUUGGAUUAUUUGUAUAGGUAGCCCUAAUAUUAAUAGGAUAGCGACUCCUUAUUUCUCUAAUGUAAAUAGGGUCUCUAAUUGCCAAAUUAAUCGUUUACCCCCUAGUAUAAUUAAUAGUGGUACUAGUGUUUUAGAUUAUGUAAUUGUAAUGCUAAUGCCCCAGAAUUUCCAUCCGUCUAUCGUCUUCUGUAUCUAUUGUAUGUAUAAUGUAGUUCUAGUAGCUGUCUAGUUGUUUUAUGUUGUGUCUUUGGUUUGUGGAUCAAUAACUUGUUGUAAGCAUGUCUCAAUUGCACAUUUUACGCCAUCUAGUAACGGUUAAAUGUAUCCACUAAAAUGUUCACCCUACAAUACGGUUGUCCUCUCGUUAUGUGAGGUAGGAAAAUCGGGAAGCUCUACUUUGUCAGUUUCUAGAAAUAGAAUAGAGAUGGCGUUGUUGUCAAUUGUAAGUUGUGACCAUUUGGUAAAUUGUGUGUUAAAGUUUUCAACUUGUUUCAGAACAAAUUGAAAUUUAUUUUUAUUAUCAGCAAGUUAGAGAUUCACAACACCGUAUUCCCGUAGAUGUUUAGAAUAUUAUGUUUCGUGACUGUAUGCAUGAACGGCUAUUACUUAUUUGAAAUUUAACGUAGACUCUUCUUCCAGUACGUAGACUUAAUAAUAAUCCUAAUAAUAUUUCCUUAUGAAAACCUAUUCUUCUUCGAAUAAGUAUCUUACUGUUUUUAGUUCAGUCUUCCCUGUACUUUUAUGUGUACCCUCUUUUAUAGUAUUCCCCAAAAAAAUCUAUCUUGUCUAAUUUCCUUCCAUAUACAAAAAAAUACUUUUUGGUGUAAAUAUAAGAUAAUGUUCCACUAAUAGCUUUUUUAUUGUAUCGUAUAAGAAAAAUGUUCUAGACGUUGCACCGAUGCGUCCGAAAAGCGACCUUGGUGUCACUUGUUAGUAUUACAAUCAAUUAAUGUAUUUUCAACCCCUUAUUCAUAAGAGAUCCCUACCAAAUAUAAUUCAUCAUCAAUCUUUCUCAGUUCCUCCUAAAAGUAAUUUAUUGCAUUGUCAGAAAUGAAUGUUUUUCAUUUACUAGUUCAGAUGCCAAUUCAUUUACAAUAACAUCUGGAACAUCUCUGAAUCGAGUAUGGUCGUCUUACCAUCGUGUUGGUCCACCUGUGUUCUGGAAUACAUUUUCCAAUUCUUCGAUAACCACAACAUGACCAAUUAUGAACACCAAUCAUAACCUGUCCUUGUCUCACCUCUUUUUCAAGAAGGUCAACAAUUUCAGGGUUUGAAUUUCACCAAGUAAUAUCACCAGUACCUAAAUUUUAAAGUCAAUCAUGUCGUUAACAAAUGUUUGUUAGCAAUAAGAAACAAUCAAGAAAGAGUAAGUCAAACCAGUGCCAUAUUUUUAUAAUUUUACUUUCGGAAUACAGAAACGCUACCCAAUUUUAAGUUACGCUUAAGUAUAGUUCUAUCUCUACAAAUUCUUUGUAAAAUGACAAAGAUGGCACGAUAUUUGAAUACAACUUAAAAUUGAGUAACGUUUCAGUAUUCCGGCAUUACUUAAUAAUAUUGUAAACUAUAUCUAAAUCAAUAUUUAGAGCACUUAAAUUUAAGCCAUAUUCUUAUGAAUAAGAGGGAGUUUUUAACUAAGCACGAUUUAAAUGUAUAAAUGUAAGGUUGUAUGAUAUUAUAGGUGCUUGCGCGGUGGAUAAACGUCAAUUUUUCGAUAUUAUGUAUAAAAAAAACGAUCUCAUUUUGAUUGUAAAAUGUCAUAAUUUUAAAUGUUUGUGCUUAAAGAGUAAGUUAGUCAUUUAUUAUUGUAAUUACUCGAUGUACUGAAACGGAUUAGACA